GUGCUGAAUGAGAGUGUAUUUCUUCUGCAGAGACAUUUAGUGAGUGAAAUGUGCGAAGCAGCAGACAGAGCAGAUGUGUCCGAGAAACCUCCAAACUGGAUCCUGCUGCAUCCAGCGUUUCAGCAGAUGAAGAGUCUGGAGGUUGGGGACAGUGCUCAGGUGCAUGCAGCUUUCCUUGUGUAUAUGGAUCUGACUGAAGUGCGACGCUGGAAAGAGGUGUCUUGUGUCAAGAGUACUGAACUUGAGGCUGUUUUGCUGGAGGCAAGGGAGAAGGAAGGAUCACCCAUCCAUACAGUUCUCCCACUGCCUGUUCACAAAUCUCUGAGCCACAGAAGUAUACGACAUGUGCUGGACAGAGGAUUUCCUAUGUUGUUGUGUGCGGUGGCAUCAGAUUCCACUCUGGUCUACCAGAGGAUGACUGAUGGGUUGGUGACACCAGAGCCACCCGCAGGCCCCUUCCAAGAUGCGGGACGGCGGCAGCGCAGGAAGAGACAACACCAUCCCUGAGUGUCCUGCAGAAGGAGGAACCUCAAUGUAGUCAUUGAACUAUAGCAGACAAGAAGAGGACGGGCUGUUAGCCAGUCUGUCUAUCUUUCAGUUUGUGUAAGUUGCUGCCAAAAUAAGAGGUGUGCUGAUGACAGGGCAGCAGGGGCAAAUGGAUGUAUCCUCAGUGCCCUUCAUGGAUGCUGUAUGUGGUUAUGAGGCCUGCCCUCCCUCUCAGUAAGAAACCACAGGCUACUUCCAAACGGUGAGGUGUAGCAAAACCUUUCAGGCUUGUUACCACUUAAAAACGGAGCAACGUCUACCUGUGACCCAUAUUCACUGGAUGCAUUUGUCUCUGGUUACCAAGUCAAACAAAGAGUUAUUUAUGGUAGAUUAUUUUUACAUGAUGUGAAGAGGUACUAUGAUGCAACAAUUCACA